GAAAAGGAAGGAGGUGUCACAAAAUACAAUAGGCAGUCGUCGAAAACUGCUGUGAAGAACGAAACAGAAGGAGGGGAAUCUAACCAUUUAGAUUGGUCCACACAGGUUUAAAUGUUGUGUGUGUGCUGGGGAAAAGGAACCAGUGUUGAGUUCAAGCAAAUGUUGAACGCAUUCUAUUGUAAAGUGUUUCCUUUCUUCUUCUUUUUUAGCUAACACGGACGGGGUUGGUGGGGAGGAGAUGAGAAAUAAAGGGAAGCACACUCCUGUACAAUAGGUGGCGGCAUGCAGCUCGAAGUUGUUUCCGAGCCGCUGUUCAAACCUGGGAAAAAACAUGAAGAAGAACUUUGCAACAACUCCAUUUUUCCGACGGCCAGUGAAGGCAGCACGGAUCACGCGCGUUGUUUGUGUCGGAGUGGCAAUAUGGCGGACGAUGGAGAAUCGCUGGAGUCCUGGCUUAACAAAGCCACCAACCCUUCUAACAGACAGGAAGACUGGGAGUACAUAAUGGGAUUCUGUGACCAAAUCAAUAAGGAACUGGAAGGCCCACAAAUAUCAGUCAGGCUGCUGGCUCACAAGAUUCAGUCCCCUCAAGAGUGGGAGGCGAUACAGGCAUUAACGGUUCUCGAGGCUUGUAUGAAGAACUGCGGGCAACGGUUUCACAAUGAAGUUGGGAAAUUUAGGUUUUUAAAUGAAUUAAUUAAGGUGGUUUCACCCAAGUAUCUCGGGGACAAAGUGUCAGAGGGAGUGAAGACAAAAGUGAUCGAGAUGCUGUACAGCUGGACUGUGUCUCUGCCAGAUGAAGCAAAGGUCUUUGAAGCGUAUGAGAUGCUGAAGUCACAGGCUAUUGUUUUAGCUGACCCAGACGUCCCUCUUGAUGCUACGAUAAUACCAUCGUCUUCUCCGCGACCCAAGAAUCCCGUGUUUGAUGACGAGAAGAAGAGCAAGAGAUUAUCGGAGCUGCUGAAGAGCAAAAAGCCCGAAGAUCUGCAAGAGGCCAAUCGGCUCAUCAAGAACAUGGUCAAGGAGGACGAGGUGAGAACGCAAAAAGUAAAAAAGCAAAAAAGCACACUGGAGGCCGUCGACAGCAGCGUCAAACUCCUUAACGAGAUGCUGGCUCACUUCAACCCCGAAGACUCCACGGACGGAGACAAGGAGCUCAUUAGGGAGCUGUAUGGGGAUUGCGACAAGUUGAGGCAAACUGUGUUUCAACUGGCCACCGAGACGGAGGACAACGAAAGCAGCUUGGGAGACAUCCUGCAGGCCAGUGAUGACCUCUCCCAUGUCAUUAGUUCCUAUAAGAAGCUUGUGGAAGGACAGAUCGUCAAUGGAGAGGCUGAGGAUGCGCGACAAACACAAUUAUCAGUCAGACAAGGUCGCACAAACCAGUCCGAGAUUCUGAUUGACCUGCUGGGUCUGGACAUCCAGGGCGUCUCUCAAACCCCAACAUCGUCCCGGUCUCUUCCUGCUGACCUGCUGUAUGGGUCGGCUGCCAGUGACCCUCGGCCCCUCGGCCCCGGUGUUCCCUCUGCAGCAUUCUCUCUGCUGGAUGAAGAGCUACUGUCUUUAGGCCUCAAAGAACCCACUCCUGCUCCAAGUAAAUCAGCACAUGUAAACCUGAAUAAUGGUUUGCCGUCUAUACAGGAUUCCAGUCAUGAUUUUGAUUUCUUUGACACCACUUCGCAUUCGGCUCCCGCGUUCUCGACAUCGUCACUCUUUCCAGAGGCCCUUUCUUUGACAGCUGACCCACUUAACCCAGUCAAGUCUCCCAAAACGGCCUCUGCCUUAAGCCUCCCCGGUGUCGUCUUCUCCACGCCUCCGGUUUCGACAGUAUCCGUCUCGACGACGUCAGUCAUGUUCCCACCUUCCUUCAGCUCAGCAUUGAGCACCGUGGCCCCACCUGCUCCACCUCAGUCAUUCAGCGUGGCCCCAACUGCUCCACCUCAGUUAUUCAGCGUGGCCCCACCUGCUCCACCUCAGUCAUUCAGUGUGGCCCCACCUGCUCCACCUCAGUCAUUCAGCGUGGCCUCAACUGCUCCACCUCAGUCAUUCAGCGUGGCCCCAACUGCUCCACCUCAGCCAUUCAGUGUGGCCCCAUCUGCUCCACCUCCGUCAUUCAGCGUGGCCUCAACUGCUCCACCUCAGUCAUUCAGCGUGGCCCCAUCUGCUCCACCUCAGUCAUUCAGUGUAGCCUCACCUGCUCCCUCAGACACCCCCGUCACUCCACCUGGAGCGUCCCACGCGGCUUCUCUCACUCACAACCUGCAAGACCUUUCCCUGCUGGAUCUGGGCAGUCCUACAAUCGCGCCUGCUGUCAUGGACUUCGGCCGCUUGCUGGUCAAGAGUGAGGACAUGCUCGCUCCCGCCGCCCCGUCCUCCAGAGUUGGUGUCGCCUCCACCACCACGUCUAUCUCCCUGCCCCUCGGAGAGACGCAGGCAGGGUCCACUCCCCCGCCUGCUAAGGGCCAGGCAGAUGACAGCCCUCUGUUACACUCUCUGUCCCCCAUCCUGCCUCUGAGCCAGGCCAGUCCAGGAAAAGGACAAGAGGUGUCCCUGGCCAAUGUCUUUGUCCCUUUGGAUGCUAUCAAACCAAGUAAAGUGAGUCCUGUGACGGCUUACGACAAAAACGGUGUCCGUGUUCUGCUGCACUUUGCCACCGAGUGUCCAGCAGGCCGACCCGAUGUCCUGGUGAUGGUGGCGUCCAUGCUCAACACAGCCCCGCAGCCUGUCAGGAGCUUUGCUCUGCAGGCGGCUGUGCCCAAGACGAUGAAAGUGAGACUGCAGGCGCCCACAGGGACGGAGCUGGGUCCUUUUAACCCAAUCCUUCCCCCUGCUGCCAUCACUCAGGUCAUGCUGCUUGCAAAUCCUCUCAAGGAAAAGGUGCGGCUGAGAUACAGACUGACAUUCACGCUGGGAGAGCAGCCACACUCGGAGGUUGGGGAGGUAAAUGAGUUUCCGCCUGCCGACAGAUGGGGCGCUCUAUAGCCCGCCCUGCCGACACUACAAGGCGACUGAAUUUGUCAGUGCAGCUCCGAGGUCAAGAGACAGGGCAGCAUUGGAAGACUGAGGGAAAAAUGUGAAGUUUUUCUGCUUGAGUUGGCCCACAGAAGUAGCCAAAGUCCUGUAGCGUACAUCCAACUUAAACUUUACUACAGUGCCAGGUGUAGUUAGUGUGGUGCAGUAACAAAUGGAGUGAUGUUUUUGAUGUUAAAUAUUGCUAAGUUAUUAUUUGUUUCUUAGUAUUGUUUUUAUUAUUAUACCCUUUUUGUUAUUUUAAUGUUCGUGUUUACUGUCACAUUGUCAGACAGUGAGCAUAACAAACACACAUUGAAGGAGAUUGUGAAGCCAGGGUUGUAUGAACAUGUGACCGCGACCUGUAUUUCACAUGAUUUGCUGCUCACCAUGUAUGAUAACAAAGUUUUUUACGCUUAAGACAUUGGACUGGAGCAGACAAGAGCCCCUCUGUUGCAUCAUAAAAGACACCCACAGAUGGCCCAUCAAGAGUCGGCCUCACAGUUACUACUGAAUACUUUAACUUGUCUGCGGAGUUCUAUACUGACUCGUAGUUCAGACUCUUGCUUUUAUUAAGUCUUUCAGUAUUUAUUGACAUGAAUGUAUUAUUUAUUGGGGUUUUGGGAAGGUGGUGUCAGAUCUGUCAGUUUCCUGUAUGGUUUUGUAAUUGUUGGCUGCAUUCCUUCUUCUGCAUACUCUUCUUAUGAUGGACACUUUCAGUAAUGCAAUAUGAGUGGCACAAAUUGGUAGUAGGCUGUCAAAGUCUUCCUUUUUGUUACCAAAUAUGCAGACAGCUUAUGUUACAUUAUGUAGCAACAGGGUGGAUUCUGAGGAAUUACAUGUGUUGCUACGUGUCCAAGCUGGGCUCUGGAUAGAUAAUCAUGAAAAUUGAAUUCCUGCAAGAUUAAACGGCAACCUUAUGCAGACGCCGUAGCCCCUUUUACUUGGUCGAUGCAACAUGAGCUCUUAAGGGCACGGAUCAAUUGUGUGGAUAAAGUGGAUGUGCUUUAGGAAGUGCGGACAAUGAAUCCCUGGAGACGGAAAGGAAUAUUGUUUGACAUUAAUUAAAUGCAGUGCAUAGCUUUGCUCUAUGCACUCUUUGCUUUUGCCGCUGUUAGACUAUGUUGUG